AUGGCAGAGAUACACUUCUCUGAGGAUGACGCCAAGACUUUGAGGGGCAGGGUUGUCGUCUUGACAGGUGGAGCGCAAGGCAUCGGUGCGGCGGCUGUGGCUUUAUACCAUAAGCAUGGCGCCCAUGUGUACUUCGGAGACUGGGACGAUGCAAAAGGCAAGGCAGUCGAGCAAGAACUACAACCGCAAGAGACAGGAGGCUCAGUACACUUUCAAAAGCUCGACGUCCGGGAUUACGACUCACAGCUUGCCCUGUUCGAUGCGCCAUUCAAGGAUCACGGCCGUGUUGACGUCGCCGUGUCCUGUGCCGCCGUCAAAGAGCCAGACGGGUGGUUUGAGCCGGAGGAUCUGGACUUGGCGACCGUCCGCCGUGAGCCUGUCCCAUUGAAAGACCACAUCGACAUAAAUCUGACCAGUGUCGUAUCUUUUUGCCGGAUCGCCCUGGCGUAUAUGAAGGCCAGCCAUUCCUCAGGCGAGAGCAACGACUUUUCCAAAUCCAUCGUGCUCGUCUCCUCGAUAGCGGGCAUCACUGAGGCGCCCGGCCUCUUCGCCUAUUCGCCGGCAAAGCAUGGUGUCAUCGGCCUCAUGCGAGCCCUGCGGCCGUGGGCACCGCGGAAAUACGGCGUCCGGGUCAACGCACUCUGCCCUUGGGCGACAGACACCCAACUACUGCUGGGCGUAAAGGAGAUGUGGGUUAAAGAGAAGAUGCCGAUGAAUACACCCGCCGAUGUGGGCAAGAUCAUGCUUCAGUGCUCGACCGACAAGGGCCUCAACGGAAGGGCGGUUUUCAUCACGGGCGGCAGGUUCUUCGACACGGAAGAGGGAGUGGAUCGGACUCUGCCGCAGUGGAUGGGGGAGCAGAAUGCUAAGGAGUUCCUCAAGGGCCAAGAUCUACUGGGAUUGGGAGAUGGCUGGACAGAUUGA